AUGGAUGUAAAUGGUCCCAAGCGCUGGGAGCCUCACAAGUCACUUGAUCUGAACUCUCACUCAACCCUGGUAAACAAGAAUCUGCUACAAGAACCUUGUAACAUGGUUGGUAGCAGGGUACCAACAAAGAUGUGUGCCGUGGUUAUCGACAUGGGUACUGGCACAUGUAAGAUGGGCUUUGCUGGACAGUCUCGACCCACCUACAUUGUGACCAGCCUCGUUGGCUGCCGCCCCAAGAAACAAACCACCACGGGGCAAUCCAAAAUGGAAACGUUUGUUGGUGAGGCAGCCCAUGCUUGCCCAGACUUAACCCUGACGCAGCCAGUUCGUAAUGGUAUUGUGGUGGACUGGGAAGCAGCUGAUCUCUUCUGGCGCCACAUCCUGGAGAAUGACCUCCGAGUGGCCACCCAGGACCAUCCUCUGCUUUUCACCGACCCACCCUUCAACCCUGCCAGCAACCGUGAGAAGCUGAUGGAAGUAGCUUUCGAGUCUCUGCACUCCCCUGCCAUAUAUGUGGCAUCCCAGUCCGUGCUGUCAGUCUAUGCCAACGGGUGCGUUAAUGGGCUGGUGGUAGACACUGGACAUGGGGUCAGCUACACAGUGCCAGUCUUCCAAGGCUACAACCUACCCAAUGGCAUCCAGCGCCUGGACCUAGCUGGCCACUACUUGACUACCUUCUUGGCAGAGAAAAUCUUUGGAUCUAACUUCCCGCUCAAGAAGGAAGACAUGGACACCAUGGAGAGCAUCAAGCACCAUUACUGCUAUGUGGUCUCAGAUUUCAGUAAGGAGCAAGGGCGCCCGGAUGACAAAUUCCGGAGGUGCCUGAAGCUGCCGGAUGGAAAGAUGAUCACAGUGGGGAAGGAACUCUUCCAGUGCCCUGAGCUACUAUUCCAUCCCCCAGAGACCUUGGGACCUCCAUCCUUGGGUCUCCCCAGCAUGGUGGAACAGAGCCUCUGCACUGUGCCCCAGGAGCUGCGGGCAGACAUGGAGCAAAAUGUGCUGCUGUGUGGAGGCUCCUCUCUGUUCACUGGAUUCGAAAGUCGCUUCAAGGCUGAGCUGCAGCGCUGUCUUAGGCCGGAGGCGCAUGUGGCUGUGGAAGCCCAGCCCAACAGGAACCUCUCGGUGUGGAUUGGGGGGUCCAUUCUGGCUUCGCUGUGUGUUUUCCAGUCCCGCUGGAUCCUGCGUGAGCAAUACGAGGAACAAGGUUCCGAUAUAGUGCACCGCAAAUGCUCUUGA